AUGGAUGAUUUCUCAUGCUCUGACCUUUGUUGGCUCGAUGCUCAUCUGUUUUUGCUUUCGUGUAUGGGCUCGUUCCGGUCGUCGAUAAGGUUGUUGGAAGCUCUGGUGCGGGACCUUGUGAUGGGGAGCCAAUGGAGUGACGAGGGUGUCGAUGCAGGCCAAGGGAGUUGA